CUCCGUCUCUCUCUCACUCUUUCUUGUCCCUACACCCACCAUCCAAAGAAUCAACAGCUGUGCUCACCACCAUGGCCAAAAAAUAAAGAGUCUAAAGUGAAAGAAACUUCCAAAAGGAAUUGGUAUUUUUCCUCAAGCAGCAUUUCCUUCUGGCACUCAACUCAAAGUCUGUGAUUUACCCUCAAUCUUUGCAUGUGAAUCAUUAAAGAUAAAGACCUUGGAAAAGAGAUGAAAGGGGAAAAAAGAAAAAAAGAAUCAUUAAAGAUAAAGGUAAACAAAGGCCAACUACCAAGUAUUUGUGUCUAUAUAUAAAGACACCCCAUUUCUAUCCCCAAUCUCAAACUCAAAGAAAGAAAGAAGAAUAUCUUUACCAUAUCUAGCCAGAAGAUGAAGCUGUUCUUGAUUUUUGUUAUCAUCAUUCUGCUCCUUCAGAUUUAUCUGGGGCAUUCAUUUCUCACUAGUUCUGCAAAUUCUCCAGCAAAUAUUGAUGGAGGGAGUGAUGUGGUGGCCAUUGACAAGAAACACCAUUAUCAUCAUAAGAAAAUCAAUUGCGGAUAUGCAUGCUCCAGGAGAUGCAGGGAGUCAUCAAGGAAGAAUGUGUGCCAUAGAGCAUGCAGAACUUGUUGCUUGAGGUGCCAGUGUGUUCCUCCAGGUACCUAUGGCAACAAGCAUGUAUGUCCUUGCUAUGCAAGUCUCAGGACCCAUGGGAACAAGCCAAAGUGCCCUUGAAAUUUUUUGUGCUACUGAUAAUUCUAUUGCAUUAGUUGCUAGUUAAAUAAAUAAUCAUAUCAUCAAAUGAGGGAAUAAUGUUAAGCUAUAUGCUUGACAAUAUUUCAUUCCUCAAUUUGUGUAUGAGGGAUUAUUGUUGUAGACCUUGAUAAGUAAAUUUUUUAAUUAUAAACUAGUUCUUAAUUUAUAUAGCAUAUUAUAUUCGCUUAAUUGUCAGGAAGGAAAAAUGUUGUAUUUUAUAAUUAUUAUUAAUUUAAUAUGUACUUUUUUAA